AGAAGCAAUAAUGAUAACUUGCCCAACCAAUGUUACAUCGAACAACUACGUUGGUUUUACAAGUGGAAUUAUUCAAGUUAGAACCGACCACGAAGCAAAUGUGGCCACUGUUACCUGGGACCCUCCCAUUGUAACUGAAAACGUUAGCCGUUUCAACGUGACGUCAUCGCCGUAUAAAUCAGGAGACGAAAUACCAAUUUCGACAAUUCAUGUAAUCACAUUUACAGCCACAGAGUCAUCAGGAGACACAGAUACUUGUAAUUUUGUGAUAUCUGUUAUCGAUAUUGAGGAUCCAAUUUGUACCAUCGAACCGCCAUCGUAUAUGGGCUCUGUAGAAAUGGGGCAACAGAAUUCGACAAUCAACUACAUCAUCACUGUUAGAGAUAAUGUCCAAGUCAGCAGUAUUAAGACAGAUUGCAGUUUUAUUGAUAUUGGAAAUAGUGGUCAGGAGUAUAUUGUUGACAGAGCCAUAGAAGAAAUCGACAGUACAGGAACUUUCCCUAUUGGCGAGACUAUGGUUCUGUUUUCGGUUGUAGACAAUGCGAGUCCGAAUGGAAAUGAAGGAACCUGUUCAUUUGGUGUCACAAUAAGCGGUUAGUAUAGCUAAAACAUGGAGGUAUAAAAU